GUCGAUCAGGGCGGUGACCUCUUCAGAAAACACUGUGAUAGUCGCUGUAGUAAAAAGGCCGGACAGGGAGGAGGCCUCAGUGAUGCCCCUUAUCAAAUCUGGCUUUAAUAGGAGAUAUGUGGAGAACACCAACACGAUGGCCUGUUACAAUGAGCUGCUGCAGCUGGAGCGUGGAGAAGUUCUGGCUCAGUUCAAACUGAGGGCGUGUAAUGCUAUCUUCACAGCAUUGGAGCAGAGCCAGGAGGCCAUAGAGAUCACCAAUGAGGAUCAAGUCAUUCAGUAUGUGAACCCUGCCUACGAGAGCAUCAUGGGUUACCAGCAAGGUGAACUAAUAGGGAAGGAAAUAACAGAAGUGCCUAAAAGUGAAAAGAAUAAGCCUGAUCUCCUUGAAACCAUAAACUCCUGCAUACGGAAAGGAAAGGAGUGGCAGGGGAUUUAUUAUGCCAAAAAGAAGAACGGGGACAGUGUCCAACAAAAUGUGAAGAUCACACCUGUGAUCGGACAGGGAGGUAAAAUCAGACACUACGUGUCUAUCCACAGGCCUUUACAUGAUCAGAAUAAGACAUCCAGUGAACGGGUGCAGGCAGAGUCUCAGACAGACAUCCAAUCCAGUAAGUAUAAGGACCGGAGGAAAGGCUCGUUGGACGUCAGAUCGACUACGUCUCGAGGGAGCGAUGGCAGUUCCCAGAGAAGACACUCCUCCAUGGCCAGAAUCCACUCCAUGACCAUCGAAGCUCCAAUCACCAAGGUGAUCAACAUCAUCAACGCAGCCCAGGAGUCUAGUCCAAUGCCCGUAGCAGAGGCCCUGGACCGGGUCCUGGAGAUCCUGAGGACCACAGAGCUCUACUCUCCUCAGCUGGGCACCAAGGAGGAAGACCCUCAUACUAACGACCUGGUGGGAGGACUGAUGACGGUAAAGGUCUGGGGUUAGGGGUCAAUAGAUGCAGAGCUCUACUCUCCUCAGCUGGGCACUAAGGAGGAAGACCCUCAUACUAACGACCUGGUGGGAGGACUGAUGACGGUAAAGGUCUGGGGUUA